CAGUGCGUGCGGACCGCUCGCAACACAAAAAGCUCUGGAGAAGGAUAACAUAUAUAUUAUUUAGACAUCAUGUCAAAGAACUGCAUGAUAACGUUCGACCAGAACGAACAUGGCACCUACUUCACCGGCCAAGUGAUAACCGGCAAGGUGAUCGUAAACCUCAACAAAACCAAGAAACUGCGCGGAAUUAAACUACAGAUCAGCGGCUAUGCGCAGGCACAGUGGAGAGUCCGCAGACACGGACGGGCGGUGGCCAUCCAGAACCCGAAGAAGCGGAUGAAGCACCAGUUCAGCGGCAGGGAGGACUACAUAGCCUCCACCACCUACUUGAUGGGCUCCGAGCAGGGGAGCACCUUCAACAUGGACGCCGGGACGUACACGUACACCUUCGCCUGCCCGAUUCCCAGCCACUGCCCCUCGUCCUUCGAGGGCGCCUUCGGGCACAUCCGCUACCUGGCCAAGGUGACCUUCCUCAAGCCAGGAGCCUCCAAUCGCACCCACAACGUGGGAUUCACGGUGCUCAAGCUGCUCGAUCUGAACCAGGAGACCAAGAUGCUCCGGGAACCGGCGAGCAACGAGACGGUGGAGUACUUCUGCCUGAUGCACUCGAAGCCCGUGGAGCUGAAGGUCACCCUGCAGCAGCAGGGAUACGUUCCCGGCCAAUUUAUGCUGGUCCACGCCCAGCUGCGCAACGAAUCGAGUUCCGACUGCCGGAAACUCCUGAUCAUGCUCCACUUGAGAGCCACCUACACGGCGGACCAGCCGUCGCUGCGCACCACCUCCGAGAAGAUCAUGCUGGUGAAGCGGGAGUGCGGACCGGUGGCUCAUCAUGGCCAGAGGAACUACACGGAGACCCUGAGGAUCCCGGCCACGGCGCCCACCUGCGAGCAUCUCAGCAAGGUGGUGAGGGUCUCGUACGAGGUGCGAGUGGUGGCCGUGAUGAACUGGCUGAUGGCCAACCCGCGGGUCAUCAUCCCCAUCACCAUUGGCAACGUGCCGCUGGCCACCGCCGUCUCCGGUCCGGACUUUCUGGCCACCGACGCCUUCGCCGGCGGCAGCCCCCUCCCCGCCGACCUGCCCUGCACCUCCACCAGAGCCAUGGAACUAGCCCAAAUGUCCAGCGCUGGGAUGAGCAACUCCGGCUACGAAAUGACCGAGGACCUCGAGGACUUUGAGCUUCCCGAGGACGGCGACGAUGAGCUGGAGGCCACCGACAACUUCGUCCCUGAUCUACCCCCUCCGACGUACGAGCAAGCCAUGUUCAUGACCGCUGAUAUUGCGGACACGGACGCGAACACCGUCAGCGAGGCCUCCCAGUUUACUCCGCGUUACCCGGUCUUUGAUGUGGACACCUUCCAGAGCCCGCCCCCGAAUCCUCCGCAGAAGAAGCGGAAACGCCGCCGCCGACGCCCCGCGGAUCCUGGACAAUCGAAGCAACGUCCGGAGAAACAGCCCGUGGAGUCGCCCGUGCAGAUCUGAGGACGCCUAUCGCGCAAAAUCACGACUAUAUCUUAUCUCGGCAGUAUUUAUUUCUUUUUCGGUUCGCCAGUGUACUAACCAAAUCGUUAAUAUGUAUGUAUACCUACACAUACCUACAGAGUGGUAAAUAAACAAACAACAAUAUAAA